GGAAGGAGGGAGUCCAGAGACGGUUUCUCGGCAGUGAGGAACCUUAGGUCUCAUCUCAUCGCCAGUGUUUUGUGCAGGGGCUGGGAAAGCCAGAGAGGCUGUGCCAGGCUGGAGGAGACUUGUCUUUCCAAGGCUGGAGAGGAUUUCACGCGGGUUUGCUUGCAGCUGCCCGGGAAGAAAUUCCCCUCUGGUGGCAGCAGCCGCAGCAGCAACUGCAGCGGCGGCGGCAGCAGCAGCAGCAGCGACGGCGGCAGCCCUACCUCCUGUUCUGGGGAACAGGGCAGAAUGCCUGUGCUAGAGCGGUACUUCCACUCCGCAGAACUAGGCAGGAGGUGGACGGCCCCAGAAGGUGUGCUGCCCUCCGCCCUAAGCAGCAGGCCGGGGUGCCAGCAGGGGCCGCUACCCUGGGACUUGCCAGAGAUGAUCAGGAUGGUAAAGCUGGUUUGGAAGUCCAAAAGUGAGCUGCAGGCAACCAAGCCGAGAGGCAUUCUGGAAAAUGAAGAUGCUUUGCACAGCUUCCCAGGAGAUGUCCGACUAAGGGGUCAGACCGGGGUUCCUGCUGAACGCCGCGGCUCCUACCCAUUCAUUGACUUCCGUCUACUUAACAAUACAACACACUCAGGGGAAAUUGGCACCAAGAAAAAGGUGAAAAGACUGUUAAGUUUCCAAAGAUACUUCCAUGCAUCUAGGCUUCUCCGUGGGAUUAUACCGCAGGCUCCCCUCCACCUGCUGGAUGAAGACUACCUUGGACAAGCAAGGCAUAUGCUCUCCAAAGUUGGAAUGUGGGACUUUGACAUUUUCUUGUUUGAUCGCUUGACAAAUGGGAACAGUCUGGUAACACUCCUGUGUCACCUCUUCAACACCCAUGGACUCAUCCACCAUUUCAAGCUGGAUAUGGUGACCUUACACAGGUUUUUGGUCAUGGUUCAAGAAGAUUACCACGGUCACAACCCAUACCACAAUGCUGUUCAUGCAGCCGAUGUCACCCAGGCCAUGCACUGUUACCUGAAAGAGCCGAAGUUGGCCAGCUUCCUCACACCUCUGGAUAUCAUGCUUGGACUACUGGCUGCAGCAGCUCAUGACGUUGACCACCCAGGAGUGAACCAGCCAUUUUUGAUCAAAACCAACCACCACCUUGCCAACCUGUAUCAGAAUAUGUCUGUACUUGAGAAUCACCACUGGCGAUCUACAAUUGGCAUGCUUCGGGAGUCAAGGCUCCUUGCUCACUUGCCAAAGGAAAUGACACAGGAUAUUGAACAGCAGCUGGGAUCCCUGAUCUUGGCCACAGACAUCAACAGACAAAAUGAGUUUCUCACCCGCCUAAAAGCUCACCUCCACAAUAAAGACUUGAGACUGGAGGAUGUGCAGGACAGACACUUUAUGCUUCAGAUCGCCUUGAAGUGUGCUGACAUUUGCAAUCCUUGUCGAAUCUGGGAGAUGAGCAAGCAGUGGAGUGAAAGGGUCUGUGAAGAAUUCUACCGGCAAGGUGAUCUUGAACAGAAAUUUGAACUGGAAAUCAGUCCUCUUUGUAAUCAACAGAAAGAUUCAAUCCCUAGCAUACAAAUUGGUUUCAUGACUUACAUCGUCGAGCCGCUCUUCCGGGAAUGGGCCCGGUUCACCGGGAACAGCACCCUAUCGGAGAACAUGCUAAGCCAUCUCGCACACAACAAAGCCCAGUGGAAGAGCCUGCUGUCCAAACAGCACAGACGCAGGGGCAGCGGCCAGGACCCCACAGCCCCCACAUCUGAGCCCCUGGAGCACACGGAAGGCGCCACGCCCUAAGACAGCCGGGUCUGCAGGAGCAAGGCCAUGUGACGGCCCUCGCCACAAGCCCACCACUCUGGGCUUCGAAUGCCACCCGCCUGCCAUUUACCACCUCCCUUUGUUGAUCCAAGUGUACAGAAGCCAUUGUCACCUCAGCAUUAGCUGCCGAAAUGAGCGACUUCGUCCUGUCCUCGGAGCUCGGGGCAGCUGCCCCUACAGAAAAGACCAGGAGAGUAAGAAAGAGGUGCUUCUGCCUGGUCCCCCUCUGGCCGGCCCUUGGUCACACUGGCAGGGGCUCCUAAGUCCAGAGCGUUUUAGGGUUCACCGUCUGACUGCUGACUUGCAUGACAACACCAGCAUACCUGGAACUUCAAGACUGGUCUUAAGUGCCAGAGCACAAAUGAGAGAGAGGGGAAGUACCUUCUAUUUUAAUAAUAAUUAUUAUCAUAAAAUAAUAAUGAAUCUUUUUAACUUUUAUAUUUCAUGCACCAGACAAUGGGUCUAACACUUUGGACUAAGAUUACUCCGUGUACCCAAACCUGAAGAGGGGGUUCAUUGUUUUGCUAUUGACUCUAUGCCACUUUUAGUCUGAGAUUUGGCAUCUUUGCGAUUUACGAAACCUUGUCUCCCUCCCAUCUGGUGGAAGGUGCUGUACAGUUCAUUCCUUUGCACCGCUAGCCAAUCUGUCUUUUAUGGAUUCAGUGACCUGUUUAUAUUCACACGUGUACAUUUUCUGUAAAUACCAAACGCUACUGAGUCCCAUGCCAAAAUACAUGGAGUAUUAUGGGAUUGCUACCUGUAUAAACAAUGGCACUGUGAACAGAAUACUAUUAGUUUUAAUACAAGAGAAUGCAUUUGUAAAUAUGGUAUAGAGUUUAUUAAUAUACUGUUGUUCGCAGAUAAAGGCCUUAACUUUAAAUAUCUUCCCUCUUCCCAGAGUUGCCCAACCUAAAUCUUUACGGAUGUCUUUCUGAACUGCCUGCCCCCAAUGACCAUCUCUCUGCUUUCCUGCUAGGGUCACAAGCCAAAACUGAGUAUCGUCUCGGAGGGAACUUUUUUGGGGGGGGAGGUGACUUCUUGUGCAUUCCUCUUGAGGCCAUAACUUUUAGUCUAUGGCACUAAGUGUGGUUUCCUCAGAAUAAUGACACCCUCUCAGCAGGAUGGACGUCAUUUGCCAGUGCAGCAAUAUUGUACACUGUUUUAACAAGCCAGCCGCUAAGCUUGUGUUCAUGUGACUUCUGCUAUGGAACACGGGGUGCAUCCUCUUCGCAGGAGACACAGCACGUCUCAAAAGCCUUCUGUGUAUGACCCUGUCAUCUAACCAUCAGGGAACUCCCUGCUCCCGAGCCACACAUUUGUCUGUUAUGGCUACAAUACCAAAGCCCCUUUGGUCCAUGAUUGAUUGGUGUGCAUUUCUUUGGUGUUGAUAGUAACUGGAGAUUUUUUUUUCUAUAGCUUCAUGUGAACAACCACCCAACUAUUUAGUUGAAUUUAACAUUAUUUAUGUAAAGAAACUAUUUCAGUUUUACAAGAGACUUUAUCUUCCUAGCAGGUCUUUGUGGUUCAUUAGGCUGUAACCAGCAGAGUCAGCCUGGGAGUCUGUUGCCAUUCCUCUAGAGACACUUGGCUGUAAGUUGCAGCAUAACUAAUGUUAGAUGGAAACUGCCAGUGCCCCUUCCUCUUUUACUGACGUGUAGUGGGAGAGGGAACAUUUUUGCCAUGAUCAAGCCACUUUUCAAGCUGAUGGAGACAGCUAGUUCUCUAAGUGCAACUGAUGUGGGUCUUUCUGGUUUCUCCUAAUAAUACAAGUGAAAUGCUAAAAGCUUGGCUGGCCUGGAAUAUGGUCUUGCAGAGAGAUUGGGGCUUGCAGACUUAAGGUUUUGGAGGGAAUAGGAAAGUUGAUUAUAUUUUCAUUGAAGUAGGCAAGAUUGUCAGAGGGGCAGAGCUAAAGAAAGUGUGAAGAACUUAGGGAAUGGGUGGAUGAUACGUUGGUAUUCCUGAUGUGAGUAAGAAGGGAGGUUGUGGAAACUUAACUCUAACUGUUGUUUUCGGCAGCAGCUAAGAACUGACUUACGUUUCUUAGUUGCUAUGAUAGGCUGAAGCUCUGAGUGACGUAUGUUUCUUAGUUGCUAUGGUUUCUGAAGCUCAGAGCUUAAGCAAAAUGGAUGGAUACAGCAGAUGAAUUCCUGCUUCAAACCCUCCUUUUGGGGGCCGUAAUAGUCUGGCUUUAUGCAUAUGAGAUCAAAUCAAGGGAAUCAAUUGCUCAGGAUAACAAAAUAGAAGUAGUACAGAAAACAUUGUUUUUAUCCAAUGAAAUCUUUACCUGGAGUUGAGGAACUAGAGUUUGCUUAAGUUAUAAUUAUAUUGUGAUUUAAUUAGGAUGGGGCAUUCUUAGUAGCUCCAGGCUUAUAGGGGAAAGAUUCUCAUGUUGCAAUUUAAUCUUAAAGAGGAGUUAACAAGCAAAACUACCAAAUAUCCAAUGGUUAAAACACAAGUCUAAUGAAAAUCGGAAGUAAAGUGGGCAUGAUGCAUAAAUGAUAGGCAUGAUGCAUAAAUGGCAUAGGUCAUCUUCUUUUUUCUGCUGUCUAGAAAGUUCUUGAGCUCCACAUUUGUUAGCAAAACCUAAAAUAAAUAACUGUGAAAACUCUUCUUUUGGCCUGCUAAUGGCUCUCAGAAUAAAUUAAUACAAGUUUUAUAAUUAGUAAUGGAGAUAUGGCUCUUGAUCCAUGUGUCACUAUAGCUUUCAAGUCUUAAUCUGCUAGCCCACCUAGCUGGUGUUUAAUUCCUUUAUUGCUUGGAAAUGAAGAACUCAAAGACCUAUGUUUUAGUAAGCCAAAGUCAAAAUCUCAGAGAGAGAGAACAUGAACACAUCACUGCCAUGCAUGAUAAUCGGAGCCUACUUUUUUUUUUUCUUUUUUUGCAGUCAUUGAAAACACAGUCAGACUUGAUACAUGAAACCCUGCCAACCCAUAGUUCCAUGUUAGGUUAAGUAAAAAGUAGCCAUUUUUCCCUCUGCCCCUCAUUGCUUACAACUCCCCACCAAUGGCCUUGGAGCACCUCUGCAACCCUGUCUUCAGAUAGUCCUUCCUUUUAAACACAAUUUUGUGACCUUUUGUGUUGAAUCAGAUAUGCUCACUGACUUCCAUUUGGUUAUGACUUGUAUCUCACUGUAUUCCUCAUGCUUUGUUCUUUUAAGAGCCCAUACAAUUGUGUCAUCUUGUGUACACAUGUAAAGUUUGAAAAAAAAAAAACUUGUGAUUUUUUUGCUCAAAAUGUGACCUAAAUAUUCGUUGGCAUGUCUAUCCAGAUGAACACUCAAAAAAUAAAGAUAAUUUCUUUAAAAUA